CCCCCCGGGCGCGGCCCAGUGAGGCGGUGGCCGAGUUCUCCGGCCUGUGACGCCUAGGCUGGCAGCGCGCUGAGCCCGCCAGACUCCGCCGUCGUCGGGAGACGGCCGCUGGGAGCCCGCCGCGAUGGGACCGCUCUGAGCCGCCCGCUGGCGGGGGAGCAGCGCGGUCUAGGAUGGAGGGGUCGGCAGAGUGGGGCCCCGAGGCGGUGCUGGGCACCGAGGCGGUGCUGCGCUUCCUGGCGGAGCGCGGGGGCCGGGCCCUGCAUGCGGAGCUGGUGCAGCACUUCAGGGGCGCACUGGGCGGCGAACCCGAGCAGCGCGCCCGCGCCCGCGCGCACUUCAAGGAGCUCGUGAACGCCGUGGCCACGGUGCGCGUCGAUCCCGCCGACGGCGCCAAGUACGUGCACCUUAAGAAGAGGUUCUGUGAGGGGCCGUCCGAGCCCUCCGGGGACCCGCCACGAAUCCAGGUUACCGCCGAGCCCGAGGCCCCCGACUGCCCGGCCGGGCCGGAGGUGCGCGAUCGGCUCCCCGACGCAGCGGCCCCGGAGGCGCUCCCUGGACAGGGCCACGAGCUGGGCGAGGGAGAGCCCCACGCCGCCGCUCACGGGCCGCCCCUGAGCGCCGGGGCUCGCAGGAAGAACUCGCGACGCGAAGUGCAGCCCCUGUCCCGGACUCCGGCCCCGGGACCCAGUGAGGACCUGGAACCCCCGCCCCGUGGCUGCGAGGAGGCGGACAGGAGCAGCUCCCUUGGGGGGGCCACCGCACAGAGGCCGGCCCGCCAGAACUUCCGCGACCUGGUGAUGGGCAGCUCCCCGCAGCUGAAGAGGAGCGUGUGUCCCGGGGGUAGCAGCCCGGGCAGCUCCUCCGGGGGAGGACGCGGCAGAGGCGGGGGCGACUCAGACAGCGCAUCGGUGGCCUCGUCGUCCGCGGAGGAGGAGAGCAGCGGCGGAGGCUCCGUGACGCUGGACCCCCUGGAGCACGCCUGGAUGCUCUCUGCCUCCGAUGGCAAGUGGGACAGCCUGGAGGGCUUGCUCACGUGCGAGCCCGGCCUGCUGGUCAAGCGGGACUUUAUUACCGGCUUCACUUGCCUGCAUUGGGCCGCCAAGCACGGAAGGCAGGAGCUUCUGGCCAUGCUAGUCAACUUCGCCAACAAACACCAGCUGCCGGUGAACAUCAACGCCAGGACGAGCGGGGGUUACACCGCCCUGCACUUGGCAGCCAUGCACGGGCACGUGGAGGUCGUGAAGCUGCUGGUGGGGGCCUACGACGCUGAUGUGGACAUCAGGGACUACAGUGGGAAAAAGGCCUCCCAGUACCUGAGUCAGAGCAUCGCCGAGGAGAUCAAGAACCUGGUGGGAGCCCUGGACGAGGGUGACGGGGAAAGCGCCGCGGGUAGCGGCGGUGGGCGCUGGAGGCUUUCAAAGGUGCUUCCCUCGCAUCUCAUCACCUACAAACUCUCACACGUCCUAGAUGAUGGAGGAGACCAUCACUACCAUCACCAUCACCAACAUCACCACUUGGCUGAGGGGUGGGUGGGAGGCAAAGCCAAGGACCCAGGGCGCAAAGCCUCAGGCAGCUCUAGUGGACGUAUAAAACCCAGACUCAACAAAAUCCGCUUCAGAACCCAGAUUGUCCACACCACACCCUCUUUCAGGGACCCAGAACAGCCACUGGAGGGUGGGGGGGAGGAGGAAGUGGAGGAGGAACGGUCUGUUAAAGGCCACUCGUCCUCCUUCAAAUUGAGACCAAAGUCCAAUGUAUUUGGGUAAAAAUUGUUUCUUUUAGAAAAUGCAAAGGGUUAUUUGUCUUAGGAAAUUGAAUACUAGUUGCUGUAAGGAAAUGAGACCAGAAAGACAAGCUAAAUUAUGUAUUCUUACUUGAGGGACUGGAAUGGAUGGGGCGGAGUUCCCUUCAGGUUAGCCUUCUGGAGAAAGUGGAUUUCUUUUUAAGAGAUUCAUCAUACUUUGACCUUUGCCUCUUUUCUGCCCUCCACUUCCCUGCCCUGGAGCCCGUUUCUGGAGACUAGAAAUGUAUCUAAAUUGGGGGAACAGAAUGAAUGAAUGUGAGUUCCUUUGCUUUAACCAUUCCUGGAUGUCUGCAAAGUAAGGAAUAGUGCACUUUUUAUGUUUCUGAUUUUAUAAGGGGUUACUCUUUCAAGAGCAACAAAAAAAUGCAAAUUGUAAUGAAACGUAGUAUUUCUGAGUGUGGAAAUGACAGGCUGCCCCAUUUUUUACUAAUUGCAUUUGCGUUUUAAGGUACUACUGAAGGUCAGAUCGAAGUUGAAAUGCAAAAAUACUAAUUAGAUAAUAAUAGGAAUAAAAUGGGAAUCCUCUUAGUAUUUUAGGUGUAUUGUAAGUAGCAGUUAAAUUAUUUUUUUAAAAGCAAUUUCAGUUUUAAUCACUGAACAAAAGAAACAGGCAACAUUCACUUCUGUAGUAUGGUUUCCAGCUAUCUCAAACACCACUAUUAUGGUACACCAGUGUUAAGAUAUAUUAAUAACUACACAAAAUUUUAUUUAAAGAGGGCACUUAGCAGCCUAUGAUAGUUUUAAAUAAAAUUUGCCUCUCCUUCGGAUCCUCACUAACUUGUGUUACUAUUCUAAAAGUUUGCAUUUGCUGGGGUGUUUAUUCUGAGGAUCAUAUAACCAUUGUUCUACUUGGCAUAACCCUGUUUAAUGGUGCUUAGAGCUGAAUUACCUACAGAAACUGUUUCUGGCUUAAAUAAUUAGCACAAAUUGGCUCAUGAGCCCAUGUUUCUGUGAAGUAAUUAUUAAACCAACUUAAUGAUCCUCAGGUAAGGUACACUUUUUAUUUUACUACAUUGGUAGUCUCUAUGACUUGUAGCAAUGUUUUACAAAUGUUUAAAAUGCUAAACUUAUUUUUCCAACCCUUUCUUGACAAUUAGAUACCUAUCCUGUAGUUACUGAAAAUGGGUGGUAAAUCUACCCAGUUAAAAUGGCACUUUAUAAAAGGGAAUAGAGAAGAGAUGGGACUAUUUCUAUAUUUAAAUGCUGCUGGCUAUUAAAUUCCUUUGUAUAUAAAUGAAAAAUACCAAUCAUUAAAAUUAAGGACU